AGAGCGAGCUCUGGAUGCGCAGAUUAUCCCGCUACACUGAAUUUGACCUCAGCAUCACUCCAUCCGCGCUCCAUUACUCGAAAUGUGGAUUUAACGUCUUUUGUUAUCUAUUUUUUUUUUAGACAAUUUGUAGAAUAAACCGGAUUCUCCUUCGGUGGAAUACAGUCUUUAUCAUAUGAGAUUGUGUACAUUAACAUGUGGCGAUAUAGAAUCAGAACCAAUAUGGAACAUGUCUGUUUUAAUCCAGAAAGUCGACUCAACGGAACAUCAUCAGUAAAGCCUAUCUAAAUAGUAGAAGCUGACCAGUUGUUCUAAUCUAAAGGCUAUUUGUUCUGUUUGGAAUUCAUCCUGGUGCCCAUAACAGGAUUUAGGAUAGCAUGUGUCAAGAACCUCAAUGGCCUCACCUUCUUCAAUCAUACAUUUGUCAUCUAAAGGAUUUUAGGUUUCUUCAAUGAUCUUCACCAUUUGCCAAAAAACAUAACUGAGGAAUUUUAUUUUGCUCAUUGCAAUCUCGUAGCAUAACCACUGGUUACCAUGCCUCCCAUUUGCCGGCCCCAUUGUAUACUAUUACUGCUCAGCACCUUCCUGAGUCUUGGUUUGGGCCUGGAGUUCACAGGCUUAGAGGGUCAGUGGGCGCGCUAUCUACGCUGGGAUGCCAGCACCAGAAGUGACCUCAGCUUUCAGUUCAAAACAGCUAUAUCAGAUGCUCUGGUUCUCUACUUUGAUGAUGGAGGAUAUUGUGACUUCCUGCUCCUGAGCAUUGAGGAAGGCAAGCUGAAGUUGCAUUUUAGCGUAGACUGUGCAGAAACCACUAUAAUCUCUGACAAGAUGGUAAACGACAGUCGCUGGCACUUUGCCACCAUCAGCAGGCACAACUUGCGAACCGUGUUGGUACUGGACGGAGAGUCGAAGGUGGAUGAAGUGAGACCGCAAAGGCAGUUCAUGAAGAUUGUCAGUGACCUGUAUCUUGGAGGAGUUCCUCAAGACAUUCGAACAUCUGCCCUAACACUAGCUUCAGCUAAGGAGAUGCCACCGUUCAAGGGGAUUAUUACAGAACUGGUUUACGGGAAUCAGGUUCCAACACGCCUAGGGAGCCAAAAGGUCUGGUUAGAGAUGGAAGGCUUGUGUACAGAUAACCCCUGUGAAAAUGGAGGAAGUUGCAGCAUGGCUGACGGUGAAGCUUACUGUGACUGCUCCAAAACAGGAUAUGUAGGUCGUUACUGCAAUGAAGCUGUCAACAAAACCCCUGGGUUCGCGCAUAUGGUGAAGUCUCCGCAAGCACGCGAGGACAACGUGGCGACAUUCCGGGGUUCGGAGUACUUCUGCUAUGACUUGUCUCAGAAUCCUAUCCAGAGUAGCAGUGAUGAGAUCACUCUGUCCUUCAAAACUUGGCAACGCAAUGGUCUCAUCCUCCACACGGGCAAGUCGGCUGACUACGUUAACCUAGCGCUGAAAGACGGUGCUGUUUCGCUGGUCAUCAACCUGGGCUCAGGAGCCUUCGAGGCUAUCGUUGAGCCUGUCAAUGGAAAGUUCAAUGACAACGCCUGGCAUGACAUCAAAGUGACACGCAACCUGAGACAGGUGACUAUAUCGGUGGAUGGUAUAUUGACCACCACAGGAUACACUCAGGAGGACUACACUAUGCUGGGCUCAGAUGAUUUCUUCUAUGUGGGGGGAAGCCCAAGCACUGCCGACCUGCCUGGAUCUCCCGUCAGCAAUAAUUUCAUGGGCUGCCUGAAAGAGGUGGUUUACAAAAACAACGACAUACGACUGGAACUCUCUCGCCUGGCCCGCAUUGCAGACCCGAAGAUGAAGCUUCAGGGAGAUGUGGUGUUUAAAUGCGAGAAUGUUCCCACCCUAGACCCUAUCUCUUUUGAGACACCAGAAUCCUUCCUCAGCCUGCCCAAGUGGAACACCAAGCGUGUGGGCUCCAUUUCCUUUGACUUUCGCACUUCAGAGCCCAACGGACUAAUCCUUUUCACUCAAGGUAAGCCCCAGGACAAGAAAGAUUCUAGAAGCCAGAGGAGCAACAGAGUGGACUUCUUCGCUGUGGAACUUUUAGAUGGAAAUUUCUAUCUUCUGUUGGACAUGGGAUCAGGAACGAUUAAAGUCAAAGCCACACAAAGUAAGGUCAGUGAUGGAGCCUGGCACCAUGUGGACAUCCAGAGAGAUGGAAGAUCAGGUGAGUAG